ACCACAAAACCAAGAUGGCGGUGCAAGAGACAGCAUCUCAACUGUCCAUGGCUCUCAAAGUCCAAGAAUAUCCCACCCUGAAGGUGCCGUACGAGACUCUGAACAAACGUUUCAGGGCGGCUCAGAAAAACAUCGACCGGGAGACGAGUCACGUGACGAUGGUGGUUGCCGAGCUGGAGAAGACGCUGAGCAGCUUCCCAGUAGUCGACUCCGUGGUGUCACUGCUGGAUGGUGUGGUAGAGAAACUCAGCGCCCUGAAGAGGAAGGCUGCAGAGUCCAUCCAGGCAGAAGAUGAGAGUGCCAAGCUGUGUAAGCGUCGCAUCGAGCACCUGAAGGAGCACAGCAGCGAUCAGCCGGCCUCCGUCAACCUGUGGAAGAAGAAACGCAUGGACCGGAUGAUGGUGGAGCAUCUGCUGCGCUGCGGCUACUACAACACAGCUGUUAAACUGGCCAGACAGAGCGGCAUAGAGGAUCUGGUCAACAUUGAGAUGUUCCUCACGGCGAAGGAGGUGGAGGAGUCUCUGGAGAGGCAGGAGACGGCCACCUGCCUAGCCUGGUGCCAUGACAACAAGUCCCGGCUCCGCAAGAUGAAGAGCUGUCUGGAGUUCAGUCUGAGAAUCCAGGAGUUCAUUGAGCUCAUCAGACAAAACAAACGCAUGGAUGCAGUCAGACAUGCAAGGAAGCAUUUCAGCCAGGCAGAGGGGGGGCAGCUGGAUGAGGUCCGGCAGGUGAUGGGCAUGCUGGCAUUCCCAUCAGAUACACAUAUCUCCCCAUACAAGCUGCUGACUCAGGAGGACAGAAGACGACGUGAAUGUGUGAAACCGACUGAUGAUCUUUUGGAUCCUGCCCGCUGGAAAAUGCUGAUCCAGCAGUUCAGAUAUGACAACUACAGACUGCACCAGCUGGGAAACAACUCUGUGUUCACUAUCACUCUACAGGCCGGUCUGUCCGCCAUCAAGACACCUCAGUGCUACAAGGAGGACGGUACCUCUAAGAACCCAGACUGCCCGGUGUGCAGUAAAUCCCUCAACAAGUUGGCCCAGCCGCUUCCCAUGGCCCACUGCGCCAACUCCAGACUAGUGUGUAAGAUCUCUGGGGAGGUCAUGAACGAAAACAACCCCCCGAUGAUGCUGCCUAAUGGAUAUGUCUAUGGUUACAAUUCCCUUUUGUCCAUCCGCCAAGAUGACAAAGUGGUGUGUCCCAGAACCAAAGAAGUCUUCAACUUCUCUCAGGCUGAGAAGGUUUACAUCAUGUGAUCACCCAGAUAACCCGUCUGAGGAUUAACAUGAUCGCAUACAUCGUUCAUCACCUGGCUUACUCAGAAAGCCACCUGUGGAGCUGUGAUCCAGAAACCCCCCACCCUCCCAGACACACCCGGCAUUUCUCACUACCCCCCCCCCCCCCCCCUCAAACAUGAUCAUCUCAAGUUCUUCAGUUUCUUACUUCCUUUUAUUUUAUCACACAGAAACUGGGAUCCUCUCCUUUCAGACUCUGAGAAAGAGGUUGAAUGAUCUGAUUCAUUGAAGCACAGAACAAGGACUGAGGGGAUGAAAAACUGCUAGUUAGACGUUUGAUUUUAUUACAACAAAUAAAAAACCUUGUUGAGGUUAUUUUGACUUCCCACUAGUGGUGUUCUUUUGUUACUAAAAUAACAUGUGGCAGGUCUGUGGUAAACGGCUAUCCAUAUAAACACAUGACUUUUGGGCAAAACAAACAUGUCUGCCUCCUGUUCGUGUGGUAGCAUCUCGUUCUGUAAUGCAUGCUGUUGACAUCCUUUGUCUUCUAGCCAUGUUUUUGGGUGGAUUGUUGGGGGGAUAUAUGUUAAAUGCCUCUACUAAACUGCCUACUUUCUUUGCAUUUCAUCCCCCUUGGUUGUGUGAACCGGAGCCUGAUUUGGGCCGCUGUAGGCUCCUUUUCAAAUGUAAAUAUUAGAUAGGAAUUGAUCAUCCUCAUGUGUAAAUUCAGAGGUUUUGGGGACAAGUUACAACAAAGAUUAACUUUCUACAAAGAUUGCUGUGUGAAAUGAACAAGUCUUUUUUUGGUGGCGUUUACCUCAAAUUGGAUGUUCAGUAAGACUUCUCACUUCUGAGGAAGCUUUCAUUAUUCAACAAACUUGUAAACAUUGAUUACGGUGUAUUUACUACCAUAAUGAAGUUUACACAACAUUCAAACAAGACAACCAUCUUUGAUGUUUUUUAAAAUGAACAAAUCGUCUUCCUUUUUUGUGUUUGGUUUGCCAUUUUUAGUUAAUUUCAACAAAUGUCUCUUAUUACUUCAGCUAACAGAAAAGUGUGUUUCUGUGAACUUAACAUAUUUAUUUUUGUUUAAAGAUAAAACCCUAGAUGUGUUUAGAUGAUUCAACAUUGCCCAAAUAGUUUUAAUUUCAUAACUAUUUUUCCAACAAUUAACAAAAUUGACUCUGACUUUUAAAACCUAAUGUAGAUGACGGAUGGAUAUGUGAUCGGACCUAGAUGCACACAAAUUCGGACUCAAGUGACAACUAAUGCACAAAUUGUGAAGAAUUUACCCGUAAAUACCCACACUAAGAAAUCCAAAAAUGCAGUUUUAUGUUGAUCAGUCUUUUGGUCAAUCAUUUCUUCCAUUUUUUUUUCUUUCAACAAACCAAAAGUUGCCUCAUUUGUGUCCAUAAAUGAUUUGGAAGUGUAUCUGUAAACGACACAGACUGUCCUGUGUGUUUGUGUUGGUAGAAUAGAAGGGAUUGUUUCAUGAGCAACAUGCCUCAUAAAGAUUUCAGUGAACUUUG